AAGCCAAAUCAUAGACCAAACAAGUCACAAGCUCUUCGUCUUCUACCUUCUUCUCUCUUCUUAUUACUCAUUUCAUUUUUUCACCAAAACCAAAGUUUAUAUAAUAUUCUUCUCACUUUCCGAGCUUCACCAGUUUCAACUAUGGCGGCUCCGAUCAUACUUCUCUCUUUCUUUUGCUUCUUCUCUGUCUCUGUCUCUGCUCUUAACGUUGGUGUUCAGCUCACACAUCCUUCCAUUUCCUUGAGUAAAGAAUGUAGCCGGAAAUGUGAAUCAGAGUUUUGUUCAGUGCCUCCAUUUCUAAGGUAUGGCAAGUAUUGUGGACUACUUUACAGUGGAUGUCCUGGUGAGAGACCUUGUGAUGGUCUUGAUUCUUGUUGCAUGAACCAUGAUGCUUGUGUCCAAUCCAAGAAUAAUGACUAUCUAAGCCAAGAGUGUAGUCAGAAGUUCAUAAACUGUAUGAACAGUUUUAGCAAGAAGAAGCAACCGACGUUCAAAGGUAACAAAUGUGAUGCUGAUGAAGUGAUUGAUGUCAUCUCCAUUGUCAUGGAAGCUGCUCUUAUCGCUGGAAGAGUCUUCAAGAAACCCUAACUAUAUAAUAUUCUCUUCUAGUUAUAAUUUGUUUCUCUUGUAUUUUUUCUUAAUUUCCCUCAAGAUAUUUUGUCUUAAUGAAUCCAUUUUACGAGAAAAA